AUGAAAGCUUUCAUCUUAUUACUUAUUGCCUUUUAUCUAUGCCAACUAGGCUAUAGCAAAACUGUUGAAAUGAAAAUGAUAAAACCUGCCAAUCAUGUUUCAUCACCACUGCCUGAAAAGCUAAAAGAUCUUCAGGAACCAUUUUCCUGCGUAUUUACUACAAGAAUAAUUCGACAGUGGUUACACCUUAAUAAUACCAAAGAAUUUUUUAUAAAACAAGCUUUCAAGCUAUGUAAUAGAAUAUCCUCUAACGUUCGCUCCAUGCCUUCAUCUGCUGCUAAAAUGCAGUGUCAAGUUAGGGUUCGACAUUUUCUGGAAAGGAUAUUUGCUUAUAUCGAGCUAGGAGAAAAGCCUGAGCAAAUUUGUCGUGAAUUGACCAUGGCAAGAAAAUUGCUGCCGCAAGCUAAAAAAUUGAGUCUACCUGAUAUGCCAACGAUUGCUCCCUUUCCUGGAGAUAUGAACAGUACUAUAUGUGGUUUAUGCGAAUACUUGUUUGCCCUUAUUGAUCAAGAAUUACAAGAACCAAAGGAAUUUCAAAACUUAAUUAGUUCUUUUAGAAUGCAAGUCUGUAAUGAUUUACCACCACCAGAAAAUCAAGAGUGUUUGUAUUUCGCCAACAAUGACUUAGCUUAUUUAAUUGAAGCUUUUAUCAACUUACCUCCACGAGUAGAUUGCUUUUUAUUUCUGAAUGUUUGCGUUGGGCCGUCAGGACAACAGCAUUUUAAUAUCUUAAACAAGAUCGAUCAAUUAAUUCCUGAUCGAUGCGUUUUGGGAUCCAUCUACGGCUGUUAUAAUCAAGAAUUUGCAGAACGGUGUAAUCUGUUAAAUCCAAGAAUUCACAGAGCAAUGUUAUAUAUAUCAAAAUUUCAUGUUAUUUACUUUGCUUUUAAUCUAUCCGAAGCUCCGGCGCUUUAUAGUAGCAGUCUUGCAAAGGAAAGCAUUUUAUUUCCUUUCUUAGAUGAAAGAGCAUCGCCUGGCUAG